GAUGUUGCUGUGUCCCAGCCCGGCCUCCGUACAGCCGUUACGUGGCACUCGCUGCUCGCUCCCCGGCUGGCUGGAGAGGUGACGCCUCUUUCGGAGCGAGGCCCAGACGCUGCAGCCAGGUUCCCGGCUUCCGCUCGCCCUCUAACCGCCUCGCCAUGCUCACCGUCUCUGAACUAGUGGCCUUAGUCGCCUUCUUCUCCGCCACGGCCUCGGGAUACUUCGUCAGCAUCGACGCGCACGCCGACGAAUGCUUCUUCGAGCAGGUCACGUCCGGCACCAAGAUGGGCCUCAUCUUCGAGGUGGCUGAGGGGGGAUUCCUGGACAUCGACGUGGAGAUUACUGGUCCAGACAAUAAAGGCAUAUAUAAAGGAGACAGAGAGUCUAGUGGGAAGUACACAUUUGCUGCCCACAUGGAUGGAACCUACAAAUUCUGCUUUAGUAACAGAAUGUCAACAAUGACUCCUAAAAUAGUGAUGUUCACUAUUGAUAUUGGAGAAGCACCGAAAGGCCAAGAUAUGGAGACAGAAGGCGGCCGAAACACAUGGGAUGCACAUCAGAACAAGCUAGAAGAAAUGAUCAAUGAGUUAGCGGUGGCCAUGACAGCCGUUAAACAUGAACAGGAGUACAUGGAAGUACGGGAAAGAAUACAUAGAGCAAUUAAUGACAACACGAACAGCAGAGUGGUUCUCUGGUCGUUUUUUGAAGCCCUUGUACUUGUUGCAAUGACACUGGGACAGAUCUAUUACCUGAGGAGAUUUUUUGAAGUCCGACGAGUGGUUUAGAAAUGUCAGUUUCUGUGGGGGAUUUUUUUUUUUUUGUCAUCAUAACCGAUGAUCCCAGACUCGUAAUAUAAUUAUUUUUUCUGAAACCAUCAAGUUGGUCUCCAUAACUUUAAAGUUUAGUUAUGUUUACUUUUAAAAUGCUUGCUGUUGACCCGAUUUAAAGGUCUUGUUACAUAUUUUGCUUUCCUAAAAUUCCACUUGGAUGCUGAAAUGAAAUAUGUGACAAGACUGCUGUACAUAUUAUUACGGUACCCGUCCGGAUUGAAAAUCUAAACCAUAUAUUUGUAUCACUUGUAAUUUAUCCCUUGCAAUAACAAACUCAUGUUCUAAGGAGGAUGCUAAUACGCAGAGAAGAGGGUUAAUGACUAGACUGAAGAGAAUAAGCAACGGUCAUGUGAUCUGUUAACAUCAAAAUAAAAUAUUCUUUUAUGUGCUAUAUUGAUGAUCUACAUUUUAUAUCCUUUUCUAGUAGUACAUCACAAAAACCAUAUUGGCCUCAUUAGGGUCAAAGUGCUUAAUCCUCAAACGGUUGGAUAGAUGCAAACAAAUGUAACAUGCACAGGAAUAAAAUGUUAUUUAGCUCCCAUCUUGAAACAGGGGCAUUGCUUUCAAGAUGAAGAGUAUAACUGUAUUUGAAUAUUUCUUGUUCCUUACAUCAAAUCUAUAGUAUUUUCUGAUGUGCGAGCACUCCUAAAAGGUAUUAAUUAUUAGUAUAACAUGUCCAUUGCCCUUAGGCUAAUACCAGUAAUUGGCUUUUCAAUAAUAAAUACAGCAAUGAGCCAUUGUAACAGUAAAAUGUCAGUCACUCAACAUUCACAGACUAUUUCAAGAAUGUUUCAUGCCAAUACAACUGAUUUGAGGUUACAAGUAGUAAAACCUUUUGAUUGAUCUUUGUUAAAUUGAAGUAACCAAUAACUCAAUUGUGAACCCAUUAAAUAUUGCAUGAUAGGCAAACAAACAUAUUAUAUAUAGCAUGUAUUAUAUCCAUCUAUAGAAUGUAAUACAUGUAGAUUUUCUUGAAUUGACUACUAGACUUUUUUUUUUUUUACUCGUUCAUAUACAGACUAAAUAACAUUUAGUGUUGGUUGUUUUUUGGGUUUUGUUUCAUAACUUUUAAAAAAAAAUGAUGAUAAUUUUUAUUAUAUAAGAGCAACCAAAAUUGACACACAUGAGUUUCCUAAAUGUAACGAACGCUUCACCAUUAUGCUUUGUGACGACAACUCCUAUACUUGAUAUUUUUGUUUUAGCUACAUGUGGAUUUUCAUAUAUUUUUGUAAGGAACCAACAUAUUAUGUUUUGUCAAUGAAUGAGUUUCAAUAAAAAAUGGCUUCCGGUGUUGGUUUGCGGAUCAGGA